AUGAAUCAUGAACCUCGGCAAGCCGAGCUUGACUCCCGACGAACUCCGUUGCAGCCACACUCCCUUAAGCCCACGGUCCGCUUGAGCUGUGAGACCUGUCGUCAACGCAAGGUUAAAUGUGACAAGCUCAACCCUUGCACCAACUGUCAACGGCUAGGGACAAGGUGUGUCCCCGUCGAGCGCGCGCGUCUGCCCCGUGGAAGAUCGGGAAGAUUAGCAUCCGAGCGGUCCAACCACGACCCGGAUGCGAACCUAAGGGACCGCGUCGCUAAGCUUGAGGGUAUCAUCCGAGACCUAGCUCGGAGUGGCUAUGGCUCUUCAACUCGAGCCGCUGUCCCUGAUGCGGCUGCUGCUGCGGAUGGUCCUUCCUAUGGUAGUAGGUCUACGACGGGUAAGGACAAGCGCAGCGAUGAUGACGCCUUCUCGGAAGACUCGGACGGUGGUGUGCAAACGCCAGAUAGCUACCUGGGAUCUUCGUUCUGGGCCAACCUUCUUAACGAGGUGCCAGAAUUACACUCCAAUGACGACCGCAGUCCAAGAGAAGGGAGCCGCAAGUCUGCAGGUGGCCAGCUGAAGGUGUACCGGCGUCUUCUGGCUACGGUAAGUCAUCGUCAGCACGACUCAACCUCUGGAGAACAAUCGGGCACCUCGAGCUAUGCUCGGCAACAGCUGUGUCGGGUCUUUCUCGAAAGAGUAGAUCCCGUCGUCAAGAUAUUGCACAGACCUACCCUCUGUGCGUUUCUCUUGGAAGGGAAACCUUAUCUCGACUAUGAACUGGAACAUUUGGCGCCAACCGCCCUUGCAUCUGCUGUGCACUAUGCAGCAUCCUGCAGCUUGUUAGAUGAUGAAUGCACCCGUGCAUUUGGCGUAUCCAAGGCAUCCUUGGUCGCGAGAUACCAAAGAGAAGCAGAACUUGCUUUAGGGCAUGCUGAUUACCUUACUACGAACGACUUGACGGUUUUGCAAGCCUUUGUUCUUUUCCUGGUGGCACUCCGUUCGCAAGACCAAAGCCGCCGAAUGUGGACAAUGCUCAGCAUGGCCUUACGCAUUGCACAAGCCCAGUCGCUUCAUCUGCCUGACCCACCAUUCUCAGUCCGACCAUUUGAACGCGAGCUUCGGCAGCGUCUUUGGCAAGCCAUCGGCUUCCUUGACAUUCUCGCCUCGAUGGACCGUGACACCGAGCCCAUGAUGCAGGCGCAUUGGCUGCAAUCGCAUCCUCCGACUCACGUCAACGACGAAGAUAUCUACUUCGAUAUGCAGGAGGCACCCGUCGAUUCUCCCGGUUUUACCGACAUGACUUUCACUAUGAUUGUAGGCAAGGCCCAUAUAAUCACAAGACUCAUCAAUUUUUCCGACUUUACCGAGCCAUCUGUCAACACCCUCGCCCUCCGCCAGCAGCUGGUCGUCGACUUCCAACACACAGCCUCUAAACUACUCCACCACGCGCAAACGGACAAAGUUCCCUUCCAGUGGUUUACUCGUUUAGUCGCGGAGGGAAUCUAUGCCUGCAUGCAACUGAUCGUCAUCCGCCCGCUCAAACGCACCCCGCGCUUCACACCUCCGCAUGUCCGAGGCGACCGUCUCCUCGAGUUUGCCGUCAACAUCCUCAAAAAUUACCAUUGUCUUCGGGACGAUCCUCGGACCGUGACAUGGCUCUGGGUCGAGUUCGCUUUCCCGCCGUGGCACGGCCUGGCAGUGGCUAUCGCCGAGCUAUGCGUCUGCCAAGACAAAGCCGUCAUGGAGAGGUUCUGGCCCGCGGUCGAACAGACCUUCGACCGGUUGGGUCGACUCGUCGCAGAUUCCAAGCGCGGGAUGCUCUGGAAGCCAAUGGAGAAGAUCAUGAUCCAGGCGCGUGCCAGGAGAGCUCAAUUGCUCGCUGCCCCCAAUGAUUCCGCCCCUUACACAUACCCUGCAUCGUCUCCGUCCUCCUCGCAUCGAAUAUCUCAACCGCAUAUCCCUCCUCCUACCACUCUUUACCACCCGGAGGCUGCACCGCAACCGCAGCCGCCUCUACCCUACCCAUCGAGCUUAUCCACCGACAGCAGACAACAACCGCACCAACAGGAUCAAUCGGUCCAUAUUGAUGCCGUCGCUGCAUUGGGCACCCCGGAGAGCUUAGAGGGUGCAGCCUCCUGGCCGAGUGUCUGGGACGCCAUUGACCUCGGCUACGCAGACUCCGCCAACGAGACCGCCUGGAUGAAUUACGAGAACUUCCUCACGGAUAUAUACAUCCUCCCAAGUCUCCGAUGA